GGCAAUGAUAUUUUUCGAGGUCUGGAUAAAUUACUGUAACAGAAUUUUUGAAAAAAACUACUAUAUUGUCUUUGUUGAACUUGACCUGUGAUGUAAAACAAGUUAUGUUAACGAGUCAUAUAUUAACCUUGCACUGAGUAGUCAAUGUGAACUGCACAAUUCCAGUCAAGAUACAAGUCCUUAAGGUAGUGUAGGCCUGUACUCCUUGGAGGAUGGACAGUUUAACUUGUAUUAAAAUAAAUAAAAUUUAAUACUAAAAUUAUGGAAUGAAUUUAUAUAUAAACCGGUGACUAACAUAUUUCCUGAAUAUUGUGGUGAAACCUACGUAACAAAUACAAAAAUGAUGAAAAAGUGUUCAAAUAAUUAAAAAGUGCUCGUGUAUAGUGUUAGGUAUAUUUUAGCUGAAAAAAUAUUAAAACUCCAUGUAAAAAAAGUGUUUUUGACAUAAACGAUAGAACGGUUCUUUAUUUUUAUAAAAAGUUUUUCCCCGUAAAUACUGAGAUCAUCAAACUUGCAUCAGUGAAUCGAGCAGUGAACAACGUCCUGUCUUCGAUGCAGUCAAUAGCCACGAGAUCUAGUCUGAUGCGAUGGUUUUUGCAGACACUGGCUAUCUCCCAGGCUGUAAUGCCGAUUGGGUGGCCAGCAGCGCACAAGUUAAAAGAUGGGGAGAAAUUCGACUUCAUUGUGGUGGGUGCGGGGUCGUCGGGCGCCGCACUAGCGGCGCGGCUGAGCGAGGUGCCGCACUGGCAGGUGCUGCUCAUAGAGGCAGGAGGAGACCCACCGCCAGCUAGCGUGUCACCCAGCAUGUUCGCGACCCUUGCGCACACGUCCACUGACUGGGACUACAAGGCCUCGCUUGACGCAGGUGUCGGCAGCAGCCACCCUAACCGCACCAUCUACAUGACCCGCGGCAAAAUGCUUGGCGGUUCCUCUUCCAACAACUACGAGAUCUACGCCAGGGGAGUACCUGCAGAUUACGACCAGUGGGACCGAAUAGCUUCUGGUUGGAAUUGGGACACAUUACUACACUACUUCAAAAAACUUGAACGCAUGACUGAUCCCAGCGUCUUAAAAGAAAACAAUUUCCUCCAUUCCACAGAAGGACCAGUCGCAAUAUCGAGACCGGUUCAAAAUGCUUUAUUUGAAACUAUAAAUGAGAGGAUACUUGACUCUCUUGACGAAAUAGGAGUGAAAAGAGUACUCGAGAAUUAUGGAUCGGCAAUUUUUGGCGCGUCCAAACCUCAUUUUACGUUUGCCAAUGGAAGGAGAUCUAGUACUGCUGAAGCUUAUUUAGUGCCAAUUAAAGAUAGACCUAAUAUACAUAUAGCUAAGUUUUCUAGAGUCACACAAGUUCUUGUCGAUCUCUCUACGCGUCAUGCAUAUGGGAUACAAGUAAUGACAAAGUCUAAUAGAGUUUUAAACAUUUUCGCUAAUUUAGAAGUAGUUUUGUCUGCAGGUGCGAUUGACUCUCCUAAACUUCUAAUGCUGUCUGGGAUUGGACCAAAGAAAGAACUAGAUAAACUGGGUAUUGAAGUCAUUUCCGAUCUUCCCGUUGGUAUGAAUCUCCAUGACCACAUGUUGACUCCUAUUAUAUUCCAAGGGCAAAGUGGGUUUCAGACAACAGUUCAAAAUUUAGCUACAGUUACAGAGUUAGAUUCUUAUCCUACAGCUAUUCAAGUUGGGUUAUUCAAAUUGAACACGUCAUCAGCUAAUUAUAUCAUGGAAAAUAAACCUCAAUUUCAGUCAUUUAACAUUCAUAUGGGAGCUGGCCUGACCCCUAUUAUAAAUAUUGGUUGUGUAACUGUAACCAAUUACGAUCCCUCUUUCUGCGCUUCAAUCGGCAAGGCGAACUUUUUUAGUGAAAUUGACUAUACCAACUUAGUUCUCUUGCACCCAAAAUCCCGAGGACAAGUCAAGCUUCGAAGCAAAAAUCCCACCGACAGUCCUGUUAUAGAAUUAGGUUAUUAUAGGGAUAAAAAUGAUUUAGACGUCAUGGUUGAGGGGAUCAAAUAUAUGACGCGUUUGGCGAAGACGUCUUAUUUCCGAAAGGUCGGAGGUAAAGUAGCGAGGUUAAACGUGAAAGAAUGUAGGGGAUUGAAAUGGGGUUCAGACAGUUACUGGAGAUGUUACGCUAGGAAUACGGUGACUUCAUUGCUUCACCCGGUGGGUACAUGCGCUAUGGGGCCUGAUGGCGUGGUGGACGAGACCUUGAAGGUGCAUGGCAUGUCUGGAUUGAGGGUCGUGGAUGCCUCCGUUAUGCCCUCGAUUCCGAGUGGUAACACGAACAUACCUGCUAUCAUGGUUGGCGAGAGGGCGGCCGAUUUGAUUAAAGCUGAUUACCUAUCUAUGUUCACGUUUUAAGUAAAAUGAGAAAUAUAUACGUUUCGUUUGUUU